CCACAGCCCAAACAGUUUCCUGCGAAGGAGGAAGAGGGAAGGCAGGCGCUGAGGAUCACGCACACACACCCAGCUGCUGGCUUCUCCACCAUACGAGAGACGACCCGGGCCACCCGCACUCCACACCCACUGCGACCCCCUUAAACCAGGGCGGUCCGCACUCACUGGCCCCCAAAGAUGGAGAUCCCAGCCACCCACUACGCGGCCUCCAGGGCCGCCUCCGUGGCAGAGAACUGCAUCAAUUACCAGCAGGGGACCCCCCACAAGGUGUUCCAGGUGCAGACGGUCCAGCAGGCCACCAAGGAGGAUAUUCCAGGAAGAGGGCACAAGUAUCACCUCAAAUUUUCUGUGGAAGAAAUUAUCCAAAAACAAGUUACAGUGAACUGCACAGCGGAAGUUCUUUACCCUCACAUGGGCCAAGGCACUGCGCCAGAGGUCAGCUUCACAUUUGAAGGCGAGAUUGGCAAGAGCCCAGAUGAAGAAGAUAACACAUUUUAUCAAAGACUUAUGUCUAUGAAGGAACCACUACAAGCACAAGACAUUCCAGACAGUUCUGGAAAUGUAUCUCCACAAAUGAAGCCAGUUCGCCACUUAGCCUGGGUUGCCUGUGGUUAUAUAAUGUGGCAGAAUUCGACUGAAGACACGUGGUAUAAAAUGGCACAAAUUCAAACCGUCAAGCAAGUGCCAAGAAAUGAUGACUUCAUCGAAUUGGACUAUACCAUUCUACUCCAUGACAUCGCAUCACAGGAGAUCAUUCCCUGGCAAAUGCAAGUUUUGUGGCACCCACAGUACGGCACGAAAGUGAAGCACAGCAGCCGUCUCCCAAAGGAAGUGUGAGCGGAGUAAACAAAGACACCGAGGCCCGGGCGGAAUGGAAACAAGUUCCUAAUGAUGUGGAUGACUGUCCUCACUGGCAUCUCGCCUAAUAAGCCAAAUACAUCCCACAGCGUCUCUCUGUUUGUCUUGGCUAUGGCACCGAGUUGCAUAGAUUCAUAAUCAAGAGUAUUACUACGUAAAAAUGUCUUUCCAACAGUACCAGUACCAUGUACAUCCCCUAAUAAAAGUCUACUUCCGUCUCA